UCCCGUGCUGUCGUUCAACUUGACUGACUGCUGCUGCUGUGCUGGUGUGUCAAAUAUUUUCUCGUCGGCCAAGUGAUAGGAAGUCGAUUUUUCGUUCGCUGCUGGUGAAGUUUGCUGCAUUCGUGGAACAAGUAAAAAAGGGCAAAAGUGAAAAAACCCAAUAUCUCGUUCAUUUGUUCCGGAAAUCGGGUGUAAAGUGUCGGAAAAGUUACGCGAUAACGGUCCGGGUUGUGUUGCGAUUCGUGCGAUUGCAGUAGUUUCGGAUUAUCGUCGGUGAAAAGGUAGAAAACCCACCCAGCACACACCAUGGAUGAGGAGUAUGACGCCAUUGUCCUCGGCACUGGACUGAAGGAGUGCAUCCUCAGCGGAAUGUUGUCGGUGUCGGGAAAGAAAGUGCUGCAUAUCGACCGGAAUAAGUACUACGGAGGCGAAUCGGCAUCCAUCACGCCGUUGGAGGAUCUGUUCUCCCGGUUCGGGGUACAGCUGCCCGAGGGAAAGUACGGUCGCGGUCGGGACUGGAACGUCGAUUUGAUUCCGAAGUUUUUGAUGGCCAAUGGGCUGCUCGUCAAGUUGCUGAUCCACACGGGCGUGACCCGUUAUUUGGAGUUCAAGUCGGUCGAGGGCAGCUACGUCUACAAGGGAGGCAAGAUUGCCAAAGUUCCCGUCGACCAGAAGGAAGCCCUUGCAUCCGAUUUGAUGGGAAUGUUCGAAAAACGGCGCUUCCGCAACUUCCUGAUCUACGUGCAGGACUUUAUCCAGGAUGACCCCAAGACCUGGAAGGACUUCGACCCGAUGAGCAGGAACAUGCAGGACUUGUACGACCACUUCGGCCUGGACAAGAACACUCAGGACUUUGUUGGCCACGCGCUGGCGCUGUACCGCGACGAUGACUACCUGGUGGAACCGGCCGUCAAGACGAUCAACCGCAUCAAGCUGUACUCGGACUCGUUGGCACGUUACGGCAAGUCGCCGUAUCUGUACCCCAUGUACGGGCUGGGCGAGUUGCCACAGGGCUUCGCCCGUUUGUCCGCCAUCUACGGUGGAACGUACAUGCUGGACAAACCGAUCGAUGAGAUUGUGUACGACGCCAGUGGCAAGGUCGUGGGCGUGCGCUCCGGCGAGGAAGUAGCCAAGUGCAAACAAGUCUAUUGUGAUCCCACCUAUGUGCCGGAUAAGGUACGCAUCAAGGGCAAGGUAAUCCGCUGCAUCUGUCUGCUGGACCAUCCGAUUGCCAACACGAAGGAUGCCCUAUCCACGCAGAUCAUCAUUCCGCAGAAGCAGGUCGGUCGCAAGUCGGACAUUUACGUGUCGUUGAUCAGUUCCACACACCAGGUCUCGGCCAAGGGUUGGUUCAUCGGAAUGGUAUCGACUACGGUGGAAACGGACAACCCGGAAGCGGAAAUCAAGCCCGGUCUAGACCUGCUGGGAACGAUCGCGCAGAAAUUCGUCUGCGUGUCGGAUUACUAUGAACCGACCGACGAUGGACUGCAGUCGCAGGUGUUCAUCUCGGAAUCGUACGAUGCCACAACGCACUUCGAGACGACCUGUUUGGAUGUGCUGAAUAUCUUCAAGCGCGGCACCGGCGAGGACUUUGACUUUUCCAAGAUCAAGCAGGAGCUGGGCGAUGAAGAACAGUAAGCCUGCCAACAGCUAGGGAGAAACGAUGAGCGACGGGUGUGUGGAAUGAAGCAAAGUUAUGCCUCUAGGUGACCCUCUUCCCUAGGUAACAGUGGAAAUCAGCUUCUCUCAGAAGAAAUAUUAAUUACAAUUAAUAUAAAAAAUGGGAAAAAUCUGCAUCUGAUACAUUAUUAAUAUUUACUGCUAUUUUUAGUAUGUCAAGAAAAUUUACUUUAUAUAACAAUACAAUUGUGUAAAACAGACAAAAUCCAAGCCCUAUUGUAAGGUAUUUUCCAAACAAAACGAACGAAAGACGGAACAAAUCAUCAGCAUUACCUACUGAAGCACGACAAGUUCUAAGUACUCACGAAUCAAGACAACAAAACAGAAAUGUGAACAUCGAAGUAUCUCCUGGGAUUAGCCGAAGACUUUGAACCUAUCUUGAAUCGAUUCUUCUUUCCUAUUAUUCGCGGAACUCUUUAUUGCUUUGGUUUAUUGGCUUUUCUAUUAUUGUAUAUCUAGCCGUGCUUAAAAUGGACGGACUUUGCGCCAAAUUUGUUCAUUGAGGGUUGGCAGCACCUUUACUGCUGAAUAGACUAACUAAAAUGCAUGAAAUUUCGCCUUCUGAUCAAGGGAACCAUUAUUAUAAAAGCCAUGGAUCUACGUAAGAUCUUGACCAGGUUUGGCACGAAAACGUUGCCAUAAAACUAUGUCAGAAUUUCAUCUAGAAACUACCAAAUUAUGAAUUUUCAAGUCAAAAUUAUGAUGAUGAAUCCCUUUUAUUUGAACCGGAUGUUCAUAAGAUUUGAAUCUGAAGUGCUGGAAAACCGGAAUGUUUCUGAAAAACUUUGCCAACCACCCGUACAAUAUUUGGCGCAGAACUCGUCACAACAGUAGGCGUAUAGAAGAGAGAGAGAAAAAAAACGAAUAUUGUUUCCUAUCAGGUUCAUGUUUUUCACGAAACAUUCACAGAACACGACGACAGUCGCUAGAAUUUCGAUAAGAAACACAAAACUGCUGAUGCUUGACGAAGAAUUAAACGCAGCAAAAAACAUUACCCACGCAUGGCUCGAAUCGUUGUAUGGCGGGACAGCAUAUGAUCACACAAUCUAGAGGUUGUUCAUGUAGGUGGUGAAGCUAGGAGAAGGUUCGAAGGAAAAGUGUGCAAAAAAAUGCAGAAAGAAUAGAAUAAUCAAAUUAUCCACGUAUAUUCAACUGAAAAAGGUAGUAAACUAUUAUAAUUAAGAAAGAAAGAAAAAAAAGACCUAUUGGAAAUCAUUGAGAAUCAGACAAAAAAAAAUCUAGCAAUGUUGAUUGGCUUUUUAAGAAACUAAAGCGAGAAUGUAAUUCAUGUGUAUUUUUUGGAGUAUUGUCUCCCGUUUCGUUUUGCUGCUGCUUGAUUUUAUAUCACACGAUUUAUUAGACUAUAUAUAUGUUUUGCGCGAGAAUCAGCAAGAAUAAAUCUAAUCGUGUCUCUAGUGACAACACCCAACCAAAAAAAAGUAUCAUUUUAUGCGUAUUACCCGCCUACUUCACAUCGUACUACUCCAAUCGAAAGAAUUACCCGACAGCCGAAAUCCAGUGAAACGUAGAUCAGUAGGCUAUUCCAAUCAAUGCCUAGCAAGAGCAGGCCAAAACAUCACAGCAAGCAGCAUUCUCAAUUCAGGAUUCAGAUAAUCAUCUGAAAGCGCUAGAGAGCAUUAUUGAGCCCAAGUAGUGUGGUAGAGUGUGAAGGUGCAUUUAGAAUUAUUAUUGGCAGAAGUCUUUCGUUUUUCGUUCCAUUCUGCCCUACCGUAGAUGGAUUAUUUCUCGUUCUGGGCAGAUAUUGUUCACUCUCACCACAACUAUACGAAAUACCGGCGCGCUCUGUUCAAUAAUCGUACAUUUAUUGUGUUGUGUUGCAAUGCAAGCCUCAGCGCGCGCGCGCCAGCAGCAAACAGUGCAUACAAUAGACAUGAAAAUCUUACAAUUUGAAAGAUCAAAUAAAGAAAUUUUCAACAUUAAA